AAACGGCAAAUUAGGGGACGUCUUACUGAUUUCUCGAUGAAUUUUUUAAGAAAUGUGAUAUGUUUUGUAUCGUAAAAUCAGCAAAAUGCCGAUUCAGGCAAAUUUACAAUGGACCGAUUUUCUGUUGUGUCCAAUUUGCCAACAUGAUUUCACAUUACAACGUUCCCCAAUUAGUUUAGGCUGCGGACAUACCAUUUGUAAGCUAUGUCUAGCCACGUUACAUCGUAAACAGUGCCCUUUUGAUCAGACCGCAAUCAUCACUGACAUUGAUUAUUUGCCCGUUAAUUCGGCAAUUUUACAAUUAAUAAGUGACAAAGACACAUCAAGCACCCCAACCAGCAACAACAACAACUCUGACAAAGCAGCUGUGACAACACCAAGUACAAGUAAAUCCAGUAGUAGCUCCGAAAAUUUAGCAUCUGACGACGUGCCAGACGUCAAAAAGUCCCCCGAAGACGCAAAAAGUGAUGAAGAUGUCGCCAAAUCCCCGCCUAUCGCGAGCAGCAUUCAAAAAUUGAGCGCCGAAGACCUAAAAAGUUACAAUGACGCAAAAACGGCGAUCGAAGAGCUCGCUUUAUAUCUCAAGCCGUACAUAAAUGGCGGCACGGGAACGCUCCUUUCACGCCCGAUGAUCCGAAAAUUAGUGACUCUAGUCAAUUGUCAGCUGAUGGAAGACGAGGGAAAAAUUCGUUCGUUGCGCGCUGCUCGUUCCUUGGGCGAACGCACCGUAACCGAGCUAAUUUUGCAACAUCAGAACCCCCAGCAGCUCAGUACGAAUUUGUGGGCGGCGGUACGGGCUCGCGGAUGUCAAUUUCUCGGUCCAGCGAUGCAAGAAGAAGUUUUAAAGCUCGUGCUUCAAGCACUCGAAGAUGGAUCCGCGUUAUCGCGAAAAGUUCUCGUCAUGUUUGUCGUGCAGCGACUCGAACCGCAUUUUCAUCAGGCAUCGAAGACGAGCAUUGGGCACGUUGUGCAGCUUUUGUAUCGCGCGAGUUGCUUCAAAGUGUCGAAACGCGAGGGAGAUUCGUCGUUGAUGCAGCUGAAGGAGGAAUAUCGUACUUAUGAGGCGUUAAGACGCGAACAUGACGCCCAAAUUGUGCAGAUAGCAACGGAAGCGGGACUUCGUAUCGCGCCAGAUCAGUGGUCGUCGCUGUUGUAUGGCGAUACGGCGCAUAAAUCGCAUAUGCAGAGCAUUAUAGACAAACUUCAGACGCCGCAAUCGUUUGAGCAGUCGGUGCAAGAGUUGUUUAUUGCGUUGCAACGAACGGGAGAUCCCGCCAAUUUGUCUGGAUUGAGAACGCAUUUGAAUCAUUUGUCGGGAAUUGAUCCAGUUGCAGAAAAUACCGUUCCAAGUUUGAACGAAUGCGCAACGACUUUAGAUGCUGUGCGUCACGUGGUUCAAGGUCUCGUCGAAUUUGUGCAGCAACACGGAAACCGAAAACUCCAAGACACGAGUCACGUCUUGCAAAACAGCAAAUACAAAAUCAGCUAUUGUCGCGACUUGAAGAUCCGCGGAACGUGUCCCCGCGCCGGAAACUGCACUUUUGCCCAUUCCGAGGACGAACUCGAACGAUAUCGUGCCAAGGUGAAAAAGCUACCUCUGCGAGCGACGGCAAGCACGCCAAAAGAGACAAUCGAGUAUUUGGGCGACCCCAUCGGGAGAUCGGGCUCCUUUGGCGAGGAACAUUCUCCCCUGCGUUAUGCCAAAAGUAAUGUGACGUCGCGUUUCGCGCCAACACACGACAAAGUAGGAGCCGCCGCAAGUUCAUCGACCGCUGGCAUGGGAAGUCAUCCUCCCUUGUUGCCUCAUUUAUCGCUUCCGGCAAAUCCCGCAGCUGCGAUGUACGGCAACGGGCCCAUGAUGUCUCCCCAGAUGACAAAUCGUUUUCCGCCAGCAGCUCCGCCGCCGCCCUAUGACCCAAGCAGCUUCCCGAAUGCCAAUUAUUUGCAACAAAGACCACCAAUGGCGCCGAAUUUGCGAAAUUUCCGCCCGCCUCCGCCAAAUUCGCAGCAAAAUCCGCCGCCAGUGCCGCCCAACAUGUAUGGCGCGAAUAAAAUGACUCUUACAGCAACGCCUUCCGCGCCUCCGCAGUACUUUAACGACUUUUAUAACAAUCUCAUGCAACAUCAACAAGCACAUGGCGUUCACAAUCCGGGCGGAUCUCCCUUUUCUCAAGCGAAUCCGUUCAUCAAACAGCUCCAAAAUGCCCACGAAUACCCUCUGGAUAAGUUGGAUCAGCGAAAACUCGAGUUAAUUCGUCAAAUCAUCGAAUGGGAACAACAAGCGGUGAAUCAGCAACAACAGGCACAACAACAAAAAGCCGCCGCCGCAGCAAUUCCGAACAAAAUUCCAGUUAAAAGUACACAAUCGCUUCCAAUGUACCGCACAUCGCCCGAAAAUAUGCUGAAUUUGAUGAAAGAAAGUCAAGCAAGCAAUAUCGCGAUGCAUCUUCAGAGUCUUAUGAACCGCAAACGUGAGAUAAUGCAAGAAAUUGAGACUCACAAGGAGCUUUUCGGCACAAAUUCGAACAAUUUGGACCAUCACACGGCAUAUCCGACGAAUUUCGCGACGUUACAAGAUCAGGUCAACGGCAAUAUCUUCAGUAAUCCGAGCAAAAAGAACGAAUUGCUCGACUUUUGGGGAUUUUCCGGCAACAGCAAUGCUCCCAAUGUUCCUCCAACGACUCAAAAUCAUCACCAUCCCGCGCCCGCCUAUCAAAUUGAUACAAUGGGCGUCGGAUCCAGCACGAAUAAGGAUACUUUUGUCCGUUCCGAUUCCAUCCUCGAUGACGAUUACGUGCCCUUUGAGACGACAGCGACCACGAGCAGCAAAUUCGGACCCAUUUCCCGCAUGCCAAGUAAUCCUCUCAAGCAACAACACUCUCUCACGGGUCUCGAUACGCUCAUUAACUCACAAUCGUUGAACGAGUUGUCGUCAGCGCUUCACGCCUCGUCAUCGUCAGAUUGGUUGUCAAGCAACAACAAUAAUAAUUCAUCCGCAUCCACAUCACCGAUCACAAAUUUGUAUUCGAAAUCGACUUCCGCCACGGCAACGGGCAACAAUCACGUCGUCGCUUCGUCGUCGACAAAUGCCGCUGCCGUUGCCGCCGUGCAAGAUGCAAUCAUCAAACUUAUGUCGCCCACCGUACAAGUUAGCAAAAGUAGUGUUAGUAGUAGUAGUGCUUCGAACAAUGUCGUCGCUCCGGGAAAUUCGCAGGCAGCGGCGAUGUAUUUGAAACGUUUGACGGACAACAAUCAGUUGCAGUUGGAAUUAUCGCGUGUCGAUCACAAAAUCGCGGGAUUGAGACAAAGCACGCAGCAGCAACAACAACAACAAGUGCAUGGCGAUCAAAAGACGAAUGAGCAGCAACAACCGCAGAUUCCGCAGAAACGGAAAUUGACUAGAUUGGUUGGCGGGCUCGGAAGUGAUUUGCAUAAUCCCUUAACAAAAGCCGCCUCCUUCAGUUCCGGCCAACAAUCAACCACUGCAUCCGCAAACCCGCUUUCGUCAUCUUCGUCUCUCUUUUGGAACGAAACGGAUCUAAUGAAUGCCAAAUUGUGGGGCGGCACAAACUCCGCAGGUGAUAAUGCAGCUAAUUUGAGUACAAAAUCUCUGAAAAAUCCGAACAAAUCGAGUACGAGCAACAACAACAGUAGCAGCAACAGCAGCACAGGAAACAACAACAACAGCAGCAGCAGCAAAAGUAACGGUAAUAAUGUUAGUUGUAAUAAUGUUAAUAACAAUAAUAAUGACGACGAUUCAUGUGAUGAGGAGGGAAUUGCCAACGGGAUUCGCGAAAUUGAGAUUCGUUUUGAGAAUGAGCUGGAAGAACAGGAAAAGCUAUGGCCUGAUCCCGAAAAUUUGGCAUGAUUUUUAACGUUAUAACGAUGAUUAAACACAAAAUAUAUAUAAUUAUUUUAUUUUUUUAUAUAAAAAAAAAAUAUGUUUAUUUUUUCAAUUUAUAUUUUUUUACCAUUUAUUUACUCAAAAAAGUUACGAAAUGCCAAAAUUGGCUGGAAAUUUCUUCGUCUGUGACCUGAGAAAGUUUUUUUUUGUAAAUAUAUAUUUUUUGCCUUCUCUGUUGAUAAUGUUGCGACUAUUUUUUUUUUAUUAAUUA